AUGGGUAGGGAGACCCUCCGCCAGCGCGAGCGGCGAGCGGCACACUUCCGCGUGCGCCAUGAGGGCCUGGCGGACCGCGCUCCUGUCGACGCGGCCACGGUGCAGCGGUGCCUCCGCGGCCUCGACAAACACAACUGCAACCAUUUCGGCGUGCGCGCCUGCGUGCGGAUGGAGCUGGACGGACUGCACGAGCCGCCGAGCCACGCCUGGUGCGGCGGCACGCGCUGCCUCCUCCCGUGGCCGGCCGUCGGCAAGCGGACGACCUUCAUCGCGUACGCCGCCUGGCGGAGGCGAGACCCGGCGGUGAAGCAGCUGAUCGUCGGCGGCGCAGACCCGACCGUCUCGGAGGCGGCGGCCGAGGGCUGCGCACCCGCCGGCCUGCGCCAGGCGCUCCACUCCGUCGCGCCGCGCUCGGCCGUCUAUGCCGUCGCGCAGAUCGCUUGCGACGCGUGCGGGGCAAGGCCGGGCGAGGACGGAGGCGCUGCGGCGCGCUGCGGGCCGCUGCUGCGCUGCGCGCCGCCGCUGCUGCGCUGCGCGCCGUGCGGCUGCGUCUGCUGCGAGCGCUGCCUGUGGAGCACGUUUUGCGAGCCGCCGCAGUCGCAGUCCGAGGAGCGGGGCGAGGUGCGGUGCGGUGCCUGCCGCGCCAGCCUGCACACGCCGGGCGGCGAGGAGGCGGAGGAGGGCGCGGCGCUGGCGGGCCAUUGCCGCGCAGCCUCCCGCGCCUCCUGCGCCGCCUCCGCCUUCAAGGAGGAGGCCGAGGCGGCGGCCGAGGCGGCGGACCAGGAGGCGGACCAGGAGGGUGGCGGCGCCGACCUGGACAGCGACGGGUCGGAGAGGGGCGGCGACGCAGCGCUGCGGGCAGCGUGGUGCCCCGCGCGAGCGCUGCAGACGGCAGUCCCGCUGCCGACGGUAUGCGGCGCGGGCUUGCGCGUGCUCAUCUCGAGUCGAGAGGGGCACGCCGGAGCCGGGUCGGUGGUGAUCGACGGCGCCGUCCCCGAGCCGCUGCUCGAGAAGCUCGACGCGCUCUUCGCCUCUCUCCCCCUCGCGCCGCGCUACAAGUGCACGCAGGGCCUCAACGACCGCGCGUACUUUUGCGAUGCCGAGGGGUGGGGCGUGCCCAUCGUCGGGACGCCGAUCGCGCACAUGCGGUUCCUGCUCUACGCAGAGGCGGGCGGGGGACUGCCGCCGCACGUCGACCUGUCGCGGACGGACGCCACGGGGCGCACCUCGACGCACACCUUCAUCCUCUACCUCUCCGGCUGCGCGGAGGGCGGCGAGACCGUGCUGCUCGAGUCGCUCUCGCUCGGCAAGGGAAGCGUGCGCGCCGCCGUGACGCCGGUGCGAGGCCGCCUGCUCCUCUUCCCGCACGCGUGCCCGCACCUCGCCCGGCCGGUGGUCGCGGAGGGCCUACCGAAGCUGCUCCUGCGCGGGGAGAUGUAUUAG